CUAGAAAAAGAUUCGAACUAUAUAAAAUUAUUAGUAACACUAAUGGUGUAGGAUUUUUUAUAGCAUAUUUAUUAUUAAAUACUACAAAUGCAUCUAACAAUGAACAAACAGAGUUAUAUACAAAAGCACUUGUUGGUUUCUUUCAUUCUCUUUUUAACAAAAGGUUAUGGCCACAAUACUUUUUCACUAACAAGAAUUUCACCGAAAUCAAUGCUGCAAAAGAGGCAAUAAAUGAAAAACUUAAAAGUCACAAUAAAAUUAAACAUACUCAAUACCAGCCAGAUAAUGUUAUUGCAGAAUUUGACUUUAUAGACCCUUCUUUUAAAUCUGAUUUAAGUCAUUUUGAGUCUGAUUACUAUAUUAAUAGUGGUUUAACUCAAAUAGAUGAAGAUGAUUGCCUUUUAGAUUCAGACAUGCAUCAAAUUUGCAAACAAAAAGUUGCAGCU